AUGGAGCAAAAGUUUGAAGAAAUUGAAGUUGAGGAAGUUAGAGCUCGACGUCAAGCUACAAUUGAUGCUGAAAUGGAAAAUAAGGGUAAAAGUGUUGAAGGUUCUUCAGAAGUUACUGAAAGGGCGAUUGUUCCAUCUGUUGUUUCUGAAUCACCUGUUCAGAAUCCUCGCCCUAUAUCUGCAGUUUCUUGUAUUUUUGAAGAAGAUGUGUUAAUUGAUGAUGUUAUUGAUGAUGAGGAAGAAGUCGAGGAGGAUGAUGAUGAAGAGGAUGAUAAUGAAGACAAGACAGAUGAUGCAGACGAUGUAUUUUCUGCGAGUAGUCAUAGUGAUGAUGAUGAUGACGAUGGUCAAUGUGGUACAGGUGUUAAAGUCACUGAAGCAUCAAAUGAACAGAAUGUUGAUGAUUAUCUUCACGAUGAUGUGAAUGAAGAACCUGAAAGUGCAAAAGGUGAGGGGGAGAACGUUGAUGAUCAGAACGUUGAUAAAAGAGAAAAGUUGAUAUUGCGUCUAGAGCCUGAAGUUGAGGAAGGAGAAAUCAGGCAUACUUACACCAUGAAUGAUAUUAUCGAGAUGACGCGUAUUGAUGAUCCUAAUUUCAAGUUUUACUUUGAAGAAGAGUUGAAUGCAUUUGAUAUGAAUCAACAACCCGAGUAUCAGUACAAGUAUGUUGAGGAAGCUGAUAUUUAUGAUAGGGUUGAGGUUGAAGACUGCAGCGAUGAAGAAAACGUGAAUGUAGAUACUUCUAACUUUCCUAAUCUCGUUGAAUUUUUUAGUCUAGAGAACGUAGAUGAGUUGAGAAGGAAAGUUGCUGAAUGUCUGAAAGAUAAGAACUUUGAUGGUACGACGAAAGAUGCACAGCGUGAAGAACGCAAGAAGUGGUUUAGAAAGAGUACUGAAAGAAAGUUCAAAAGGCCACUGAAAUUUUAUAAAAGAAAUAGAGAUUUUUCACUUGGUGACAUUAUCAGCUAG